AUGGCGCCCACAACCAUCGCAGUCGUCGGAGCCGGAGUGGCAGGGCUGCAGACAGCCGCCCAGCUGAAGGAAGCAGGCUACAGCGUCACCGUGUUUGAGAAGAGCGGCGACAUCGGCGGCGUGUGGCAAAGCAACUAUGCCGGCUACCGCCUGCAGCAAGCGCAGGUCCAAAAAUGGCACUACGAGAUCCCCGGCUUCCCCUGGAACGACGGCGUGAGCCCCGCCCACCCGCGCUACCCGACCGGCCCCGAGGUGCAGGCCUACCUGCAGCGCUACGCGGCAGACGCUGGCCUGCUGCCGCUCAUCCGGUUCCACGUCGACGUCAAGGUGCUGCGCCCCGUGGCGGCGGCCGGCAAGGGCGCGGCCGCCGGCGCAGGCGCCCCCGGCUGGGAGGUGGAGUGGACUGACCGCGCAGGCACCAAGCACAAGCAGGCCUUUGACUAUGCGGUCGUCGCCACCGGCCUGUUCAACGAGCCAGAGAGGCCAGAGUGGGCGCAGGGGCUGGCCAGCGCCAAGCCGCCGACCGCCGGGCCCUGGGUGGUGGAUGCAAAGGACUUCACCGACGCAUCGCUUGCGCAGGGCAAGCGAGUGGUGGUGGUGGGCGCGGGCAAGACGGCGCACGACGUGGGGGUGGCGGUGAGCGAGGUGGCCACGUCGGCCACACUGGUGGCUCGCCGCGGAGCGUGGAUGGCGCCCCAGAAGGUUCUGGGCUUCAUCCCAUUCGAGUUUGCCAGCUACACCCGCUGGUCCUGGGCCCUGCAGCCAGCCUGGUACUCUGCCGGGCCAAUCAAGAAGGGCGCCCACACGCUGUUCCGCCCCAUCAAGGCCGCCGCCUGGGGCCUGUUCGGCCUCAUCUUCCCCAUCCAGACCGGCACGCCCUCCGCCAUCAAGCCCAAGCAGGGCCUGCUGGAGGGUGUGUACGACACGGUGGGCAUGGUGGACUCCCGCCAGCUGUCCAAAGCCUUCAAGUCGGGGCGGCUGGCAGCCAAGGCGGGCCGCGUGAGCGCCGUCACCCCCACCGGCGUCGACCUGGAGGAUGGCACGUCACUGGAGGUGGACAUCGUGGUGCUGGCGACGGGCUAUCGCGCCACCGCGCGCUCCCUGCUGCCCCAGGAGCUGCAGGCGGCUGCAGGGUACAAGGGCGACAGCCAGUGGCUGUACCGGAAUGUGCUGCCCCCCGGCCUCUCCAACCUGGCCUUCAUCGGCCAGAACGCCACCUUCCAGCAUGUGCUCACCACGGCGCUCCAGUCCCGCUGGCUGGCAGAUGUGCUCAAGGGCAAGAUCCAGGUGCCGCCCGCAGCCGAGCAGCAGAAGGACGUGGAGGCGCAGGAGGCCUGGCUGGCCAAGUUUGGCGGCGUGAACCGCACCAACAACUUUGUGUGGGCGCAGCACGGCAAGUACCAUGACGCGCUGGUGCACGACAUCCGCGGCAGCACCGCCGCCUACCCCUGGAACCCGGUGGCAGAGUGGUUUGGAUACAUCAAGAACCAGCGCUACGCGUCGCUGUUCCCUGGCAACCAGGCGCUGCGGGCGGGCCAGAGCAGCGCCAAGGGCAGCGCCGCAGGCAUCCCUGUGGCGGCCACCGUGGCCGCCAGCGCAUGA